AACUGUGAAGAAAGCGGUCAGUCCGGAAAAUCACACGAAGAAGAAGAAGUAAACGGAAGUGAACAGUGACCAAGAACAAUUUCCACAUUUGCGUUUUUAUUGUUGUUAUUUAGACGUUUAUUAACACUCUGGAACUCAAAAUAUGACUCAUUUAACUACACAGCAUCACAUACUUACCCAAGAUAGUGUUUAAUUCGCACUGUAGACAGGACUUGGUUGAUAGAUUGUUUCUAGGUAACGCUAGCUAGCUGCUAACAAUGGCUAACUGUAUGGUUUUUCACUCUCAAAUAGCCACCAUUAUGGAGGUGCUAGCGAAUGCAGCCGUGGCAGACAUCUGUAAACUCGUAGACAACGACUAUGCAGUGUUUCGUUUGGAAAUAACUCAAAGCCAGAAAGAAAACAGGACAUUGCGGAGGAAACUACAGCUACUGGAACAGAAGGUGGCACGGGAGCGCGCAGAGAGGACAAUGCGAGAGCGCGUCCUCGCCAGUCGACCAAGUAGUGUCAAGAUCCUCGACCGAUACAGAGGAAUGGCAAGAGGACAUCUCACUGGAGCCUACAGGAGCUUUGUGAAGCCAGCGAUAGACAAUACAUGGAGAGAUGACCAACCAAUCACUGUUGAUGAGUCUGCAGAUACAGAGGUUGCAUGUCCUGGGGUCAAGCAGGAGAGAACUGAAGGACAGGACACAAGACACAGCAGAGACAUCCAGACUGGAGCGCCCCCUUUAUCCACAGAGGAACCCGCCGCCUCGCCCCAGCCCAGGACCAGACACAGCAUCACGGAGGAGGAGGAGGGUCCAGAGGUGCUGCUGGUGAAGGAGGAGGGGUGUGAGGAGGGUCUGGGGAACCCUGAGGGGACCAUGUUCAUAGAGGACAACCAGACUACACCUCCUCCUGAACCCACAGAAAAACCAGCUGAGCAGCACAGGACCACACACUGUCUCACUGAGUCAGUAGACAUGGAGGAUGGGAAGCCUGAUCUGCUGCUAGUCAAAGUGGAGACAAUAGAGGACGGACCAGAGAGCAUUGACCUGCUGAGUGGACUAAAGAUGGGGGAGCAAGGUGGUUGGCUGGAGGCUAACAGAGGAGACUGGGCGGCCAUCUUGGAUUCCCAGACCCAGACGGGUGCAGCCAAGGACCCAGGAGACAACAUCACUGAGCAGGCCAGAACCAGAGGCGACAUAGUGGACGUCAGUGGAUGGGACAGCGUCUUCAACUCUGGACUUGGGAACAACACUGUUAACCACAACCAGAAACAGACAUUCGAACACAAAACAACAACCAAACAUAGUCUCCAUGACAACAGACUGGCUGAGACCAGGGUGAGGCGUAGAUUUGGUGUGCGGGGACAGGGAGGUGUCCGUAUGCGGCUGGAGAGAAUAGACACAGACUCGGCUAGCGAUGUUCCGUCCUGCUCCUAUAGUUGUGAUUCAGAGAGACUGAUGGUGCCUCAGGUUAACCCCCUAACAGGUGCUGCCUUCAGCCUGCCUUCUAUAGGAUCUAUCAACUGGAACAUGGACCCUGCGACAACACAGACACUCCCUGGCCUUCGUCCUCCUCACAGUCUCCUAAUGUUAAACCAGACCUCAGACAAUGCCAGUUCCUCAACACUAAAUGGCUACACAAGCCCGUUAACAAAUGACAGUAGUAGAGACGGAAUUGGUAAAGCUGGCAGCGCCAAAGAGAAGUGCUUCCCAUGUUCAUUCUGUGGGAAAGCCUUCCGUUUUCCCAAACAGGUGGAGAUCCAUCAGAGGAUGCACACGGGGGAGAAACCAUUCAACUGUAUCCAGUGUCACAUGCGCUUCGCCCGGGCUGGUCACCUGAAGAGCCAUCAGAAGGUCCACACAGGGGAGAAACCCUUCAGCUGCCUCCAGUGUGAGAAGAGGUUCCCCCACCAGCACCAGCUGAAGAGGCACCUGAAGGUCCACACGGGAGAGAGGCCUUUUGCCUGUACGCACUGCGAGAAGAGGUUCUCAGAGAGGAGCUACCUCAGGAUACACCAGCAGAAAAUGCACACGGCCCAUGUAUAGAGUAUAGUGACAUGUCAUGUACAUUUACAUUUUAGUCAUUUAGCAGACGCUCUUAUCCAGAGCGACUUACAGGAGCAAUUAGGGU